AGAUUACAAAAGUGUAAUGUUAACGCGACUUGGUGAGCCGCGGCGCGCGACGCUCCCUUGUUUAUUUACCGGCUAUUUGUUCCGCAAAGAACGCGGCGGAAAAAAAGAAAGAAGGAAUUCAAACUAUGCGCACAACGUCGGCUAACACGAGCGGAGAAGGAGCCCAUUUUUUUUUUUUUUUUUUUAAAUUAGCCGUUACCCGUUUUCAGCCCGAAGUGAGAGCCACGGUUUGGCGCUUUUCAAUGCGUGCUAAGACCAGGCCAAUGAAGCCCUCCACCACCAGCACCAUGUGGCCCAGAACAGCCUGCUGCCACUUCUUAAUGCAGGAGCCGAACAAAUCGACCAGAAGCCUAUCCUGCCCAUCCAUAUAGACCACAAGCCCCCUACCAGCGCCGCAGAUCUCCUCAAAGACAAUGUGGCCAGCGGAGGGGGUGCGCGGAUGCCAGUGCCUGUGAUAAAGAAGGAACACAAGGGCAAAACGCCUUUCGUCUGCGGCUACUGCAACAAGGCCUUCCGUGACAGCUACCACCUGCGCCGCCACGAAUCCAGCCACACCGGCAUUAAGAUGGUGUCGCGGCCAAAGAAGACCGCCCAGGCGGCCCCAACCAUGGUGCCCAUGAUCUCGACCAUGUCCCGGGAGAACAACGGCCACCCUUCCUACAUCUCCACGGUGGCGGGCAUUCUCUCCACGGCGACCACCUCGGUUUCCUCGGGCAUGAGCAUCAUGACGUCGUCCGCGAUGGGCAACAUGCCGCACCAAAACAUCCCGAAGAAGCCCGCCAAGCCCGUCAAGAAAAACCACGGGUGCGAGAUGUGUGGCAAGGCAUUUCGGGACGUCUACCACCUGAAUCGCCACAAGCUGUCCCAUUCGGAUGAGAAGCCUUUCGAGUGCCCCAUCUGUCAGCAACGCUUUAAAAGGAAGGACCGAAUGACCUACCAUGUCCGCUCUCACGACGGGGGAGUCCACAAGCCCUAUGUAUGUUCGGUGUGUGGGAAAGGCUUUUCCAGGCCAGACCACUUGAGCUGCCAUGUGAAGCAUGUGCAUUCCUCAGAAAGACCAUUUAAAUGUCAAGUAACGGCCUGUACCUCUGCUUUCGCCACCAAAGACCGACUCCGCUCCCACAUGAUCAGGCAUGAAGGCAAGGUCACCUGCAGCAUCUGUGGGAAGAUGCUCAGCGCAGCCUACAUCACCAGCCACUUGAAGACUCACGGACAGACCAACUUUAACUCCUGUAACAAAGCUACACCGGUGACCAUUUCUGCCCCCAUCACCUCGGCGAUGAACCGGUGCCACUCCAACAACCCUGUCACCAUAGCCGCGCAUAUGAACAUUGGCAGCAACACGCUCAACCUCACAUCUCCAAUCAGCCUCCAGCACCCGGUCACCAUCACCGGGCCACUCAACAUCGCGUCUGUCAACAUCCCCUCCACAGGUUCCAUGAAUAUCGCCCACCCGGUCGCCAUAACGACCACCAUGCCCAUGAACAUGGGCGGUCCGCUCAACAUCGCCAUGAGGUCAAUGGAUAGCAUGCCUUUUCUGUCCCAAGUCUUGCCUUCUUCCCCACCCUGGUAAAAAGAAAAGGAAGAAGGGAAAAAAAAAAAAGAAAGAAAGAGGAGAGAGAGCGCGCAUUGGACUGGCCAGCAAGAAAGGGAAAAUGAAGUGAAACAAGAGACUCCUGUCCUCAUUAGUUGCACCUCGAGCCCGUCUCUUUCUCCCCCGGAACCAUGUUUACUUACCCCGAGGUGAAAAUUUACAUGAGCCGUGCCGCCGGCAGGAGCUCCCCCAAGUCACAGCUGCGUCCCAACUGAUGUUGAGUAACUCACGUGAGAGGCAGAACACUUGAGUAGAAAUCGAGUAGGAUUUAUCGUGAAAUCAGGACAACCGCCGUAAGACUUAGUGUAGUCAGUUAGAGUGAUGAAACUGUGAUUUGUAUGACGACGCGUGAGAGGAGGGGAUUCCUCGAGCACCCCCGAGGACUCCGUAGGAAAACACACCUGUGCUUCUUUUUCUUUUUCGUUAAAAGGGAGAUGAGCAACAGGACUGAAGCAAUAACGAUAUAUUGCUGUUUGUAGAUGUUUUUACAAGUUCUCUCCCAAAGCCUUUGGGUGUUACUUUGUAUGUAUGUUUUUUUUUUUUAUUAUUAUUAUUAUUAUAGCCUGCUAAUCACUAUUUAAUGUUAUAGGAAAUGAGUCUAGAAAAAGGGACAGCAACUUCCAUGUGCUUGGAAGAAUAUUUUUUCACAGUGCUCUAGCUUUUUCUUUUUCUUCUCGGAUCGUAGGUAUGCUCUCACGGUACAGUGACUAACUUGUACAGUUGACAUAGUAAUGUAUUUUCAUGUCGGCAUUUUAAUUUUUUAGCUUUUCGUCAUUUUCAAGUGGAUGUCUCGACGCCCCUUGGCGACGACACAUUCGUGCUUUUUGUUUUCUAUUGGUAUGGAAACACAGAGAUUUUGUUUUUAUUUGCCUAUUUGUGGUGUUCCUUUUUUUUUUUUCUUCAUGAAGUCAGAGUGGAACGAGUCUUGCACUGAAAGCAUAUCCUACACACAGGUGAGCAGCAGUAUUAUCAAAGAUCAAAUUGUAGUCUUAAGUGUUCUGGUUAGCCAGCCUGCACUAUCGAGUGGCGCAACGUGGACAAAAAGGCCUGGCCUUGUAGUGAAGCUUUUUCAGGCUGUUGCGGUCAUCACAAUGGUGACUAAUUAGUCCUGUCUGACUCUUCUGUACACUGUUUUUAUUUUUAUUUUUAUAAAUCAUUUAUCUGUGAAUCGCCCCACGAUAAUUCUAAGGACCCUUCACUCAGGAAACCCACACAAAAUGCCCAUCACACAUGAAAGUGGUUCCUUUUAAAUAUAUCUGCCAUGUAUCUUGAUUCUUGUCCCUUUUUUAGAUAUCUUUUAUAAUUGGGUAUGUCCUGUUAAAAGACUUCCAUCAUGGACUCGCAGUCCGAGAACUAUUUGAUUUUAAAUAUAGCCGUCCAUUUAAAUCAUUUACUGUGCAAUGGCAUACAUGCUGUACCGUUUAUUUUAUUUUUUUUACAUUUCCUUUUGAAGUUCAGCCUCAGGCUGCAAAGGUAUGUGGCGAGAGAGUUUGAUGAAAUGCAAGUUUGUGUCCAUAAAAAAAGAAAAAUGGGACAAGAUUGAUGUUGCAUGACCCCAAACACUGUAGCUGUUGAACAUGAACUAUUUUUAAUGAAUGCCAUGUUAUCUCAACAGUGGUGCAGCGCUGAGUUGAUUCAGUUCAUACUGAAGAAUGCAAUAUGCAUGUUUGUCAUUUUUCCCAAGUUUUGUUUGAAACAAAAUGUUAGUGUAGCUUUUUCUUUGUUCUUAUGCAUUUACGUAGAUUCACUAUGAUAGCCUGUUUGCCAAAUUUGAUACAAUAAUAAUGUGAUAAACUGAACAUUUCUGGUGGAAUUGAACAUCUCUUUAUUUUUUAGGAAAAGAAAAAAGAAUUGGAAAUUCCAUGACCCUUGUGAAAGCAGUUGAAUGUAUAUCUUUGUACAAACCUAUUUUAGUUCCAAGGAUAUGGUAGUUACAAUAGAUGUAAAAGACAAGAUAACUUUUUUUGUAUAAAUCUUUUGUAUUAGAACAUUAACAAUAGUAACUUUGUAUAUAUGAGAGGCUAGGCUUUCCGGUUAGCAGAAAGGUCAAACAUUCCUACAUUUCUUUUAAAUGUAUGUUUGUCAAAUAAUUACAUAAACAUGCGCAAUGUUAUGUGCCUUUUAUUUGGGUUGUCUAAAUAAAAGAAAACUAUCAAAUGUGUUUAUAUGUAUUAAGUAGUGUUCGGUUUGAAAAAAGAACCACUGGUUCAAAGUAGGAGUCCAUCACUAUUUAUCUAGAAACUAUAAGCUUUAGGAGCGCAUCCCAUGGGCCACGCCCCUUGGCGUUUGUGCACACGCUACCACACCAACCCGAAACAAUGUUUAGUGGUUGAGUUUUACAUUUUGUAAAACCAACCACUGUUCUACCCAUUUAGAUUGUGUAGCCUGUAUAUUUGUAUCCAUUAAAUGGGUGUUUUUGCCUGUUAUUUGUACAUUGUGCUAACUAUAUGUAUUCCCAACCGUUAACCAUAACUCAUUGCUAGUUUUCAGUUUGAGUUGUCUUCUAUGCCGCAACUUGUUUUUAUUUAUUUCCCUGCCGAAUGAAAAUCAACCCCCAACCCAACCAGUUCUCUUGGUCCUGGCCAAGUUGCACCCCUUGACUGACAGUAGAGGAGGGCGGGCAGAACACGGAGAUCCCUUCCGCCCUCUGGUUGCAGGAAAGGGGGGCGAAGGGAUCUGUGUAGGUGAACCAAAACGCCAAGUCCUCAAGAGGACGGCCUGAGACACCCGAAAGAAAAUGCUGAUUCCUCUGGGGAACUGCUAAGAGAUCCUGUUGGGACCCCGGCCGGUCCCCACUGGGAACCAACAGGGACACCGUGUGGCUGGGCCCGCUGAGGGCGAAGGAAGGCACUGGGAGAACUAGAACCAGGACUGCGAGAGGCAGACUGGGAGACCCCUUUGCAGUGAAAACACAAUCAACAAAAGAUGAGAGGUCCUCAUAAUAGCUUUGAGUUAAGCAUCUGAACACUUCUUCCAUCACUUUGUGGUUGUGAGUGACCAGCAGGCGUGCAGCAUUUAAACUUCCAAGUGCCUUGUCUAAGGAGAGGGUCUUAUCCGAUUUUAAAUACAAUUAAGUAAAGCUUAAAGUUCAGUUCUUAAUGAAACCGUUGGGGCCAGACUGUGAUAAUAAUUCACGCCACACAUUCAAACCAGACCAGCUGUUGCACUGUGCUCAUGCUUCUCUGACACUCACAACCCACAGGACUGCCCCUGUCAUUCGUCAAGCCUAAACAUCCCGGUGCCGGGGACAUCCCACGAGGGCAGCUGUUUCUGAGAUGGUGGGGCCGCCACAUCUGACACGGCAAAUCACAACACAUUCAGAGUUGCUCGGGUCACGCAGCUUGCCUAUUGUUUGGUCAACAAACCAUUGAAGCCCCUGAGCUGUUUGCAUGUUCACUGAGUUGCAACCAAACAGCGACGGUACUUCAAUGUGUAACUUACCAUAAACGCCAUCAUGUGUUCUGUUGGUGCUUUCACUGUCCCGGGGAGGUUAAUGCGACACAAAGAUCUUCCAUUUCACUGAAUCAUUUUUAAUAAUGGAUUGCGUGCUCUGUUUACAAUUCAAAUCAGGGUCCGGGUUUUUUUUUUUUUUCAGCAAGUGGAUUUCUAUAUUUUUAAUCUGUCCAGACUUAGAAAUACAAAUAGAAACUGCACUCAAGACCCUCUUGAAAGCUGAAUAAUACUUUUUUUUUGCAAUACAGAGUUGCCCAGCAGAUGGUGGUGUCUGCAUAUUUCACUGUUCGGUGCCAUUUGAGUCCUCUGGUUUUAUCCGCCCCUUGUUCCUCCAGCUGGUCCCCACUGUGAGCCUAUUUGCUUACAUUACCCUCUAUGAUAGCAGCCACUUUACUUACUAAAUGGCAAAGUUUGAUUAUUAUCCAUCCUGGAGUGGAUAUUCUAUUUGACUGUUGGAAACCACUGAGAAUACAAAGGCACUCCAGAGAACAGCAUUUGAUGGUGGACAUGUUAACCAGCUAGAUGCCUGUGUGGCGGAACAAAGUACCAAAAAAGUUAAACGUGCUAUUGUGUACUAUUUAUUUGAAGAUCUUCAGCAAUGUAAACCUCUGUUUUUUUUUUUUACUUUAAAGUAGGCUAUGAUCGAGUCAAACAUUUAAGGCUGGUAAAGAACUGAAGCCCCCCUCCUCACAUGUACGCAGUAAAUAUAGUAAAGGUUAGAAGAGGGCCUGUCUCGUAAUAGAAAAAAAAAACUAAGCUCAUUUGACUACUCUCUCCGGCAGCUGAAGUACGCAGGAGGCCUGCUCGGGCUUAUUUCCUGUUUUCAGAUUGUUUGUGAUAAUAAGAGGCAAUGGAUACGCUUCUAGAUUCUGGUCAGAAGGGGCUUGAAAUAGAAUAAAAUAAGGUACAUGCGUACAGUUUGUGUACAGUACGCGUUCACACGAUUAAUUCCCUGAAAAGUGCAUCGAUGACACCUGAUGAUGCCAGUUCACUGUGAGACCAGCGGGCCGGGACUCUCUUUUACCCCGUGAUUAAAUAACAACACACAUUUCACUCGACAACAAAACGCCACUUUAUCUGCGGUCAUGAUGACCAAAGCUAAAAGCAAACAUGUUGUGUCAGAGCCAACUUGCAGACAGCUGCAAGCUUGUAUGACAAUUCAAAAGCCAAGUUGCUCUUGAAUUGCUCCAGGUCAAGUAUUUGUCAAAGACUGGGUCAAGACCCCAGUGGUGGGGGUGGGGGGGAUUCAGUCAGGUUGCCCAAUAAAUUCUUCCACCCUCUUUUACUUCACUGUUUUACAUCUGCAGUACACCUUUGAGACACACGAGGGAGCCUGCAUGUUUGUAUUGAUAAUUGUAGCCUAUACUUGUACUGUUGAACCUGACAUUAAAGGUGUGGUGUAUA